UAUUCCCAAGCCCCAAAAAGAUCCAAGUAACAUCGACAGUUAUCGCCCUAUCACUUUGAUUGACUGCUCUGGGAAAAUCAUGGAAAGACUAGUCAAUCACCGCCUCAACACCAUUAUAGAUCAAAAACUACUCUUAGACGACCGUCAAUACGCUUUCCGUCCCGGCCGAUCAACCGAUGACUAUCUAUGCCUCCUUGAGUGCAUUCUGGAUGAUGCCUUAAGUCGAAGUCAACACAUUGAACUCCUAUCGUUGGACCUAUCCAAAGCUUUUGAUUGCGUCGAACAUAACACCAUACUCACCUCCCUGCGAGACUGGGGAAUUUCUGGUAAAUUAUAUCAAUAUAUCCAAAGCUUUCUAACCAAUCGCACUAUCCAGGUUCUAGUCAACAACUCUCUCUCCAGCCCAAGACAAAUGCCUACAGGGGUCCCGCAGGGAUCAGUAAUCUCCCCUACCCUCUUUCUGAUUGCCAUAAACUCCAUUUUCAAAAUCAUUCCUGAAAACAUCAAGAUCCUUGUUUACGCGGAUGAUAUCCUGCUCAUCUCGAUAUCUGCAUUUGCCCGCCUAACACGAAUCAGGCUACAAACAGCCUUAGACAAAAUUGCCAUUUGGGCACCGAAAAUAGGUUUCCGAUUCUCCCCUGAUAAAUCUAAACUCCUUCACCUUGGUCCUAAUAGGAAAAAACUCAAAAAACUCCCUCCCCUGAAACUAUUCAACCAGUCCAUCCCCUUCGUCCAUUCCUUCCGUUUAUUGGGUGUUUGGAUUGACGACCGACUAACAUUUUCAACUCAUCUCAACCAAAUUAGAAAGAACAGCAAGAACAAACUCAACCUACUCCGUAUCCUAAGUAAAACCCCAAGUCAUGCAAAUCGAGACUCCCUUAUUAAAUUUGUCCAUGGAUGGUUACUCCCAUCAGCACUACAUGAUCUGGGUCUCAUCAGUAGAUCCGGCCCUCGGCUCUACCACAAACUUGAACCUUUAUACAACGGAUGCAUCCGAACAGUUGGUUCCGCGUUUGUAACAAGCCCCAUCGUAUCGAUCAUGGCCGAAUGCGGCCAACUUCCUUUCAACUAUCUGGUUGCCAAGCACCUUACCUCUAAAUCAGUCCGUUGGCUCGCCAUUGGAGGCAACAGCGACGCUCCCCUAGUUACUCGCACCAACACCAUACUCCAAAAUCUCAUUAACUGCUCCCUUCCAUCUGUUUGUCCUAGAAGAAAACCUCCGUUUCGAUAUUGGACUGAAAAAACUCCACCCAUUGACUUCUCCCUAUCCCUCAAAAUCAAAGCCGGCCAACCCUCCUGCACCGUACUACCUUUUUUCCACGAACUAGUUGACAGAAAAUACAGGACAACGACUCACAUAUUCACUGACGGCUCCAAAACCAUUGACGGUCAAGUCGGCUGUGGCAUUGAGGAUCCUCUCAACAAGCGUAGCCUUGCCCUACCAUCUCAGUGCUCCGUCUUCAGCGCCGAAGCAUACGCUCUAUUGAAUGCCCUUCAAAAUAUUCCAAAUCAGCCAACCUCUACAACCAUCUUUUCCGACUCAGCAAGUGUGCUGAAAGCAGUCGCCAAGGGCAGCAUAAAACACCCCUGGAUAUCUUCCAUAUCACACGAGGCCUUAAAGAGAGGUGCUACCUUGGUUUGGAUUCCCGGUCACGCCGGCAUACCCGGCAACGAAUCUGCCGACCGCCUGGCUUCUAUAGGUGCCAACCUAACCCCACCAUCUGUACCCAUCCCGCAACAGGACGCUUACCGUGACAUCUUGUUGCAUUUAAGCUUAUAGCUAAGUUAUUAGUCCUAAAAAUAUUUCACGAUACGAGCGAUUGGCAAACUAACACAUAAAAACCCAUCCCCAUAUAGAGAAAAAUCAGCGUGUUGUUAUUAUUAAACCAAAAUUGGUUAAAAUACGCCAAGCGUGAAAUUUUAUGUCAAGAGCACCCAAAAAUGAGGAAAGGAAACGCAGCGUGCAACAAGAGCUGUCAAACGGGCCACGCGGAACAGAUCCGCCAUUUCGUUCCUAGCACCGCCGUGAACAGACGGAAAAAGUGCCGCUAAAAAAAUCGGGAAGUGGGGUUGCGUUCGCGGAUUUGCCGGAAAAAGCAGAAAUCCACUCCAGAGCGCGUGCCAGACGAGCCGGAAGGUACACCUUCAAUAGAUUUGGCCGAAGAAAAGAAAAAGAAACCUAUCGACGAGACAAGCCGGCCAGAAGAGGUGGACAGGAAAAAACAAAAAGAGCCGCACAACCACGCUGCGGCUCUUUUUCUCCCCUCACCUCAACUGCCUUCCGGUGCGGCAAUUUCGGGCGAGCCGAAGAAAAUCAGCAGCCCCCUGGUAGACCCCAGGAGGCGCCACAAGUGUAGGACGGAGGCACGAAUCAACCAAGACCAGCAGCCCCCUGGUAGACCCCAGGAGGCGCCACAGGCGUAGGGCCACAGUUCCCGCAGUGCUGCCAAUCGGCACUCCGAAUCGCCGAGCAGCACAACAAAACUCGGAGGCCCCGGGACUCUGCCGUGAAGAAAAGUGGAGGUCUUCCGGCAGAAAGGGUCCACAAGGGAAAGCAACAGCAACAGCGCCAGCAAUCGGCCCCAGGCGUAGGGCGGCCGACCAGCAGCAACAGCGCCACCAAUCGGCCCCAGGCGUAGGGCGGCCGACCAGCAGCAACAGCGCCACCAAUCGGCCCCAGGCGUAGGGCGGCCGACCAGCAGCAACAGCGCCACCAAUCGGCCCCAGGCGUAGGGCGGCCGACCAGCAGCAACAGCGCCACCAAUCGGCCCCAGGCGUAGGGCGGCCGACCAGCAGCGACAGCGCCACCAAUCGGCCCCAGGCGUAGGGCGGCCGAAUAGCGGAAGAGGCACGAGGUGCCACCCGAUCGGCGCUCGGUCGAAAGGCGGCGGACGCAUGCCGGGCAGGCGAGGUGCCGUACAGUGGGAUCCAUUCGGCGAAAAUGCGGUGAGUACACGCUGGUUUGGGGAAGUGUGGGUGUGUCUUGCCAUAAUCCUUUGUAGCCAUCAUUUUUAUUCAUGUGGCAUCGCCCACGAAAAGCCUCUUCAAUAAUCUCUAACAAAAUCUCUCUCGCCUGGGAGAGAGACUGGUCAGCAAAUCAAACAGCUAAACUCAGGGAAGUGAAAAACUGCCCCCGCAAAUGGAUCGACCGAAAAAACCCCAAAGAAAGAAUUGCCCUAACGCGACUACGAAUCGGCCAUACCAGGCUCACUCAGGGAUAUCUUUUAGAUAGAGAAGAACCCCCCAUUUGCCCCUCAUGCAGCUGCGUAGCUUCUGUGAAACAUAUAUUGGCGGACUGCUCAACAUAUGAUGUACACAGAGUGGCUUGCCGACUAGCCAACAGCUUACGGCAAAUACUCUCAAAUUGCCCAGACGAAGAGGAAAAAGUAUUAAACUUCCUAGAAACCACAAAACUCCUGUCCGAAAUUUAAGAGUGCAAAUAGGGAAGAAUUCACGCUCGAUUUUAUUUAACCAUUUAUGGUUAAAGAAAAACCAUUUUAUGGUUUUUGCUAAAAAACUAUCAAUAUGGUUAUUUUUUAAGAAUUUUUCAAUGAAGAAAUUUAACCAUUUUGGAAGUUUUCGUGCAUUAACCAUUAAACGGUUGAAAAGCUUGAAGUUUUUUCAUCGCCAUUUUGAAAGUUACGUGAAGCAAACCGAACGCGUUUCGCAAAAUCUUUUUUUCGCACGGAUAGAAUAAAAUUCCAAAUAAAUAUAUACCUGUGGUUCGGGUGUGCGUGGAGAGAUUCUGAAAGGUAAUUGUUUUAUCACAAACUUUUCCAAAAAAACCCAUUCUAAAAAUUAAACAAAAUUGCAGUGCACCAGUUGGAAGAAUCCGCAAGAGUCCGGAUUCAGUUCCGGUGAAACUUAAACGUGACGUCUUGCGCGGGAGUACUAAUUUAUUACCGGAACGAGCGCACCUAUUGCCACAAAAAUUGGUCCCGAUCGUUCUCCUUAUUCUGAUGGAGCUGGGGCGGGUCGGACAACCCAAAAAGCAAGGACCAUCCCCGAUGCAUUUAGCGCUAAGAAGCCGAAAAGCGAACAGUGUAAACCGGUCAAAAAUGAAGGAAUACGCCACCCCAAAAAGCUCCCGUCGGAGCAGAUCAGCUUCGUGACACAGCGGAUGGUCCACAUCAAGUCGGAUGCGAACAAGAUCGUCCGAAAGCCGCUGCUCAAGAAUCGGGAAACAAAGUUUUGGAAACAGGAAUUCUCAUUGCCGAUUACCGGAGAGUCGGGCGGGACCAGAUGUGCAUCAAACCGAACUUUAUGAAGACGGGAGUGUCGUUGAAAUAUGAGAAGGUGGAACAUGGUCGACUCAUUCUGGUGUUCCAGCACCGGGGCAAGAAUAUUGCUAAUAAGGAGGCGAUGCCGCCAUGGCCAGGCUAGGAUUGCCUAUAAGCGUAGGUCGGUUUUCUCAAGCAGACCGAGGGUGUGGACGCGACGCUUAAAAUGGUAGAACCCUGGAUUAUAUGUUCAAAGCAGAAAAUGUGGAAGAGGAACCGAAAAAGAUUCUGAAUACUUCUAAUAUUCAUAUAUUUUUAUGUAUUGUCUAUCACGAUUUUUUAAUUUCAAAACAAAUGAAAAACAUCAAAAUAAACACUACCGGAAACAAGCAUGUUUAACCAACAAGAUAGAAAAUAUAGAAAUUUAAAAGCUAGUAUUUUUUUCUAAAUUUUUAUCUCGAUAUCUUCCAUUUUGCGAUUAGGUUGAAAAAUAACCAUUUUCCCACCUUUCCUCCAUAACUUCUUGCGGUUAAAAAGUAACCAUAUUUCCACUUCUCAAGAGAAGUCAAAAAAUGACUUCUAUGGAAGAAACCAAAAAAUCACUUAACGUGGAAAGGUGUGAAAAUGGUUACUUUUUAACGAUAAUUGGUUAA